GUAGUCAUGUUUCCGCCUAACAUCAUUCCUCUUUGCAAAUGGCCUUUUCCGGAUCACGCUGCUAUUAGGUAGACGUGAUCGUUUUUAGUGAAAUAAGAGUUUAUAAACAUGGCGGAUUUCGAAGAAAGUUAUGAAGAUGCUCCCAUGACUGGAGCCCCAGCCAUCGCUGAAACUCCAGAAAUCAAACUCUUCGGCAGGUGGAGCUGCGAUGAUGUCCAAGUCAACGACAUGUCCCUGCAAGAUUACAUUGCAGUCAAAGAGAAGAAUGCCAAAUAUUUGCCGCAUUCUGCUGGAAGGUAUGCUGCCAAGAGAUUCAGGAAGGCCCAGUGCCCCAUUGUUGAACGUUUGACCAACUCAUUGAUGAUGCACGGACGUAACAAUGGCAAGAAACUGAUGGCCAUGAGGAUUGUCAAGCACGCCUUUGAAAUCAUCCACCUUCUGACUGGAGAAAACCCACUGCAGAUCUUGGUUACAGCCAUCAUCAACUCUGGUCCACGUGAAGACUCUACCCGUAUUGGUAGGGCUGGUACCGUGAGGAGGCAGGCUGUUGAUGUGUCCCCAUUGAGGAGGGUCAACCAAGCCAUCUGGUUGCUCUGCACUGGAGCCCGUGAAGCCGCUUUCAGGAACAUCAAGACUAUUGCCGAGUGCUUAGCUGAUGAACUUAUCAAUGCCGCUAAGGGAUCUUCCAACUCUUACGCCAUCAAGAAGAAGGAUGAACUCGAACGUGUUGCCAAAUCCAACCGUUAAUGUCACAUCAUUCUGUCCUUUACGUAUUGCUAUUUUAUGUAUUGGAAUAUUAAUAUUAAAUUUAUAAAAAAAACAACAACCAAUAAAUAGCGCAAAAUAAUUGUA